AUGGCCGCCCCAGGCAACUACACCCGGCAGCGUCCAAGUCAGACAAACUGGCUGCCACGCCGGGCAUGUUUGUGCAGCACUCUACAGCAGCCUUCAGCGAUAGGUACAAGGGCCAGCGCGUGUUGGGCAAGGGCAGUUUCGGUGAA